CGAGGGGCGUGGCCAUGGCAGUGGGACAGGACGAGGGGACGUGGCUAUGAUGGCUAAAUUUGCAAGCUGGAGUACCCGGAGUAAGAUUCGUGCUCUUGGGAGAACGCUCAGCUUUUACUCCUCGGCCGCCCUGCGUCUGGGUUAUUAGGUUCUGCAAGUUCUUUGCAGUCUGACCCAGACCUCCAGCCGAAGAUGGUGAUGAUGAGCAGCCUGAGAGCCGUUCUCCAGGCCUCCCCCUGCAGAUCUCUGUGGGGGAGAGUCCAGCCCCCCAGCGCCCCGCCAGUGAGGCCCUGCAGCCUGUACACCUGCACCUCCAGAUCCCGGAACCGCGCCUUGCACCCACUCUGGGAGAGAAUGGACCUGGUCCCGGGAGGUGAGCGCCAGUCGCCCAUCAACAUCCGGUGGAGGGACAGUGUCUACGAUCCUGACUUAACACCGCUCACCAUCUCUUAUGACCCUACCACCUGCCUACACAUCUGGAAUAAUGGAUACUCUUUCCUCGUGGAAUUUGAAGAUUCCACAGAUAAAUCAGUGAUCAAGGGAGGACCCCUGGAACACAACUACCGAUUGAAGCAAUUCCAUUUUCACUGGGGGGCCAUCGAUGCCUGGGGCUCCGAGCAUACUGUGGACAGCAAGUGCUACCCAGCAGAGCUGCAUCUGGUGCAUUGGAAUGCAGUCAAAUUUGAAAACUUUGAGGAUGCAGCACUGGAAGAAAAUGGUUUGGCUGUGAUAGGAGUGUUUUUAAAGUUAGGGAAACAUCAUAAAGAGCUACAGAAAUUGGUGGAGACACUGCCAUCAAUUAAGCAUAAGGACACCCUCGUGGAAUUUGGGUCAUUCGACCCUGCCUGCCUGAUGCCCACCUGCCCGGAUUACUGGACCUACUCGGGAUCCCUGACAACCCCACCACUCUCCGAGUCCGUCACCUGGAUCAUUAAGAAGCAGCCUGUAGAGGUUGAUCACGAUCAGCUUGAGCAGUUUCGGACUCUCCUUUUCACUUCCAAGGGGGAGAAAGAGAAAAGAAUGGUGGACAACUUCCGUCCCCUUCAGCCCCUCAUGAAUCGCACUGUGCGCUCAUCCUUCCGUCAUGAUUUCAUGCUCAAUAUACAAGUGAAGCCCAAGCCGACGACCAGCCAAGCAAGCCCCUAAAUGCCCAUUUCUAGGUGGUAUUUUGCAUUGAUACAUACCAGCUUUUAAAAAAUUGUUAACUAAGACUAUUCUAAAC